GUGUUUACCAUGUCCACUGUAAAUGCUACAAAUUAUGAUGAUUUGACCUUCCUCCUGAUUGGGAUUCCAGGACUAGAACAUGUCCACAUCUGGAUCUCUAUCCCAUUUUCCUCAGUAUAUAUUGUUGCCAUUCUGGGCAAUUGCACCAUUCUCUUCUUUAUCAAGACUGAAGCCAGCCUUCAUGAGCCCAUGUACUAUUUCCUCUCCAUGCUGUCUGUCUCAGACUUGGGUCUAUCUCUCUCUUCCUUACCCACUACAAUGGGAAUAUUACUAUUUGAUGUACAAGAGAUCUGUGCCACUGCCUGCUUCACCCAAGAGUUCUUCAUCCACCUGUUCACAGUCACUGAGGCAUCAGUGCUUUCUAUCAUGGCUUUUGACCGCUAUGUGGCCAUCCACAACCCUCUGAGAUACAACACCAUAUUAACCAGUUCACGUGUGGCCAAGAUAGGACUUGUGCUGGUUGCUAAAAACAUUGUCUUGAUACUUCCACUUCCCUUCCUUUUACGACGGCUAACAUACUGUCGGAAGAGUCACCUCUCUCACUCUUACUGUCUCCACCAGGAUGUCAUGAAGCUGGCUUGCUCCAACAACAGGGUGAACGUCAUCUAUGGUCUAUGUGCUGCUCUUUCCACCAUGCUUGACUUGAUCUUUAUCACUUUCUCCUACAUUAUGAUCCUGAAGACAGUGCUAGGCAUUGCAGCCCCCAAAGAACAGCUCAAGGCCCUCAACACCUGCAUCUCCCACAUCUGUGCUGUUCUCAUCUUCUAUGUGCCCAUGCUGAGUGUGGCAAUGCUCCAUCUCUUUGCUCAGCAUAUCUCUCCUCUGAUCCACAUCCUCAUGGCUGAUGUUUUCCUACUGGUGCCACCCCUCAUGAACCCCAUUGUGUAUUGUGUGAAGACCAAGCAGAUCCGAGAGAAGAUCCUGGAGAAGAUGGGUCUGAAGAGAAGAUGA